AUGAGAGGGCCGGGAUAUGCCGAGCGAGGGGUUGAAGGUUUGCUGUUGACCAUCAACCGCGACCACUCUCUCGCCAACGUCCCGCGCCCACCACCGCUGCCGCCCUUCUUUCGCUCUUACGCGUCGAUAAUGAGCAAAAAGAACGCAAAGACACAGCCGCCGAAGGACAACUCGUACGAGCUCCGCGAUGUCGUCCUCGCAAAGGUGCGCGGCUACCCACCCUGGCCAGGCAUGAUCGUGGAUCCAGAGAGCGUCCCCCAAAACGUCUCCAACGAGCGUCCCAAUGCCAAGUCGAAAAAGGGAAACUGGUACUGCGUCCGCUUCUUCCCUGCCGGCGAUUACGCUUGGAUGGUUCCCAAAGAUAUCUCCAAGCUCCAACCGCACGAGAUCCAGGCGUACAUCAACGAACCCUACAAACGCUCUGGCGACCUCCUCCAGGGCUAUCGCAUCGCCCUCGAUCCCACCAAGUGGGAGGAGGAGCGCGAGGCCCUCCGUGCCGAGGCCGCCGAGGCGGAGGCGAACGCUGAGGUCGACCAGCUCGACGCUAGCGAGGAAGACGAAGACAUGGACGAAGGAGAGCCCAGAAAGAAGUCUCGCAAGCGCAAGCGCGACUCGGAGCCCGCCCCUGCUAAGACAAGCAGGGCGAAGAGCAAACCAAAGAAGGAAUCGGCAGAGCCCGCCCCCAAGAAGAAGGCGGCAGGCGGUAAGGGCAGGAGGAAUGGCGUCAAAUCCAAGGCUAUGGUCGAGUCCGAGGAUGAGGGCGCGGAGCCUGAGGAAGAGGAUGCCGGCCCAAGCAAGCAGACCUCGCCGCCACCCGCAAAAAAGGCGAAGCGAGAAAAUCAGGGCGAAGAGGAGGGCGAAUCCGCUCAGAGCAACGACCCAGAGGCCAUGAAAGUUCGGGAGUGGAGACACAAGCUACAAAAGGCAUUCUUGGGCAAGGUCGUGCCCAAGGAGGAGGAGAUGCCCCCUUUAGACCAGCUGUUCGCGACUAUUGAGAAUUACGAGAACAUGACUAUCCACUGCCUCUCCUUCUCGAAAAUUGGCAAGGUGAUGCGGCAUUUACACGCGCUCUCCGAGGAGAAGGUUCCCCGCGAUAGCGAGUUCAAGUUCAGGGAUCGCGCCAAAGCGCUCGUCGACAAGUGGCAGGAUAUCGUCAACGCGAACAAGACGAACGGCGAGCCCAAGACCUCAGCGAACGGUGCGAGUGCGAGCCCGCAGAACAAACCCGAGGCGACGAACGGGAAGGUCCAGAGUGAGGAGCCCAAGGAGGGCCAUGAACUCGCUAUGGAGGUCGAUGCGGAUGCGGAUGCGGACGCGAAGGGCGAAGAGGCGCCUGCUGCAGACGCUGAGGCGGAGGAAGAGCCGGAUGAUGCCCAUGCUGACCCGGCUGGCGACGAGUCUGUUUUGGCCGAUGUCACCAUGUCGGAAGCUGCAUGA